GCCGUUUCCUGCCCUGCCGCGCCUUGCCUACAAAAUGUGUCGAACCACUACUCAACAUCAGCUUGGUGCCAAUCCUCCCCACGAGCCUUGAGCCUUCAACAUACGUCCAGCAUCCAUUACCGCGUCCAUGAACGCGCUUGUUGGCGCAUCGGCCAGUCCAUUCACUGCAAAGCGACGAGCCUCACCGAACAAAACAUCAAGCGCCGCUACAACUGUCAUCGCUACUGCCCCUACCACCACUGGCUUCUUAGAUCCCAUCAGCAUCGAUCUUCCAGUCUGUGGUGAUGGUGCGAAUCCUUUCUAUCAGCCAGCCAACCAGUCUACGUUGUAUGUCGACAAGACGUAUUACAUGGCCGGGAAUCCCAAGUUCUUUUCCCAGAUGGACUCUACGGUUCAGGUCAAAUGCAGUGGGUAGAUGAUUCAGCCGCGGUGGCCUAGUCAUCAGAACAGAACAGGUCUAAAACGGCUGGAGCAAUGUAGUUGUCACCUUGAGCAAGGAGCUGCUUCGAGGCUACGACAUGUACAAUUUAACAUUUUGUAUACUGAAACUCAGGGAAGGUCAGCCAGCUGCACCAGCGCACGUUUUUGACAGUUCCCAAAUCAUGCUUCAGCAUGAGCUCCACAUCACCUUCCACCAGGCCUUAAGCACUCUAUCGACAAA